AUGAAAGAGAACAACUGCGGGAUAAUGCCACCCUCAUCACACUCCAACUGGACGAGACCCCUCCUCAAGGGUGGACAAAUGAUGCAGAUGCAGGUGAAACGUGCGACUGGUAGUGUGAGACAGAAUGGCCAGGAACUGGACAGGAGAAUCAAGGUGGUGCUUGUGGGUGAUGGAGCUGUUGGCAAGACAAGUCUCGUUGUUUCGUACUCGACGAAUGGAUUUCCUGGGGAGUAUGUGCCCACUGCCUUUGAUAAUUACAAUGUGGUGGUUAAUGUCGAUGGACUGCCGCUGAAUGUUCAGCUUUGUGAUACAGCCGGACAGGAUGACUUUGAUCCACUGAGAUCGCUGUGUUAUCCUGAGACAGAUGUCUUCCUUGUUUGCUACAGCGUCGUCUGCCCAUCGAGUUAUCACAGCGUCAGCUCUCGGUGGGUGGACGAGGUCAGAAAGUACUGUCCACAUGCGCCAAUCAUCAUUGUGGGUACAAAGAGCGAUCUCCGCUCGGACGUUCGCCUCAUGCUGCAAUUAGCUAGGUACGGUCAAUCACCGAUAACAACUGCUCAGGGUCACCAGUUGGCCCAAAGGUUAGGGGCAGUGAGUUACGUUGAGACAUCAGCAUUGACUCAACACGAUCUCAAAGAGGCCUUCGAUCAGGCGAUAGUCAGUGCACUGAGCACAAGGCGUGGUGGUGCAAAUUUGCUGUCGCGUCGUAGAAAACCACCUCCACUCUGGCGAAGAUGGUUGUGCUGUUGGGAAAGACCGCCUUCGUCAGCCCCAUAAAAAAAAAACAUUCCCAAAAAAUUCGAAUCAUCACAAAAUGAAAUCACUGCAAGGGUUUUUUUUCCCUCGAGUCUUGUUCGUUUAGAAGUGAGGGUGGUAUUCAAUUCUAGAGUGAGUGUCCCUCGGGAAUUGUUUUUUUUGGCCCAUUCCAAUCCUGACGAUGACGUGAGAAAUACAUUUAUUUAUGUUAGGCUGAGUCGACGAAACUGCGAAUAUAGGUUUGACGUGGGCGCCCAGACAAUAUUAUAAUCAACUCACUUGAUGUCUUGCCAAGUUAGUGUUAUUAGACUUAUUCGAUCAUCUGGAGAGACUGUCCCUCUGGUCAGGGAGUUUAGGACAUUCGUAAUUGGCAUUUAAUCGUUGAUUAACCAGUGAAAGGAAAUUCGAAAGACGUGUAGUAGUAAGUUAUGGAUUGUUUUCUUAAUGAGUGGUUUUAGGAGGAAAUGUUACAGGAGCUUUUUUGUAGCUAAUGAAAUUCUCUACGAAAUGUUUCAUAUAACCUUUUAUCUUAAAUCCACUCUUCAACGAGAUAAUUAAUUAAACAGCGCCUUCAUCGUGUUUGAUCACAUGAAAAAAUGAUUUCCAUGAUCUCAUUUCAAUCAAAAGUAAAAUUGAAAGAACAUUAACAGUUAGUGGAAACCUUCGAAUUUCCACAUGUUGUGUCAAUGAUAAUUUCCAAUAUCGUAGAGAUAAGAUUUCGUAUCACUGAUUACGAACUAUGAAGAAAUGACAAGCAAUGAAUUGAGUUAGAAAUGGGGGACAUUAGAGCGUGUUAAAGGACCAUGAACAACUAGAUUAUGAAACCAAUUGCCUAAUUUUAAAGUGUAAUAGUUAUUUAUUGGAACUAUAGCUUCCUGUUACGGUAUUUUUAUUCGCCACUCGCUGGUUGUGAUCAUUCUUUAAUCGACUGCCGUAGUUACGGUUGAAUUCUUCGCUUAGAAUAUAUUUCGCCUUUCGCGUGAGGAUCGGAGAGUUAAUUAAUAAUUGGCACUAGGUUGUGAUUUUUUUCUUUUCCUUUUACAAACAUUGGCUCAAUUUCGUUUUAUCACCUAUGUUACUAAUUUAUACUAAUCGAUCGAAGGGGGGAGGGGGUGUAUCUGUUGAUUCAGAUAGUGAUAAUGCUCACAUUUAUUUUAUCACAAACAUCACGUGUCAAUACUUUUGGGAUUUUUUUGUCGGAAAAAAAAAUUCAGUCGAAAAAAAAGUAAUUUUAUGCUAAUUUUUAUUAUUACUUAUUAUUUUUUUACCUACAGUUCAUGAAUGUGGAGAAAGGAAUUGAGACGUUUCAAUUUUUUAAAUUAAUAUUUAUCUUCCAUUAGUUUUUUGGUUGAAGUUACUGAAAACAGUAAUUUUGCCUGUUUAGACAAUCGAUCUUUUACAUUAUUAUUAACUAGGGCGCAUUCUAAAAUCACAUUGUCAAAAUCCCAAAAGGCAUUUGUGAUUAUCCUCAAUUAUCUCUAAUCAUUGACAAUUGUUUUUAAUUGUUUUUCAUUGCAUAAUAAAAAAUUAAUAAUGACGAGCGAUGGGGGGGGGGGGAGGAGUCGUUGGCACGAUCUAUUAAUUCUGUACAUUUUGAAAUAUCCUGGACACUUUUGUUCUCAAUUCUGUACAUAAAUGUUGUAAUUUGCAAUACUCUGAGAUAGUAUGUACGCAUUAAUCCGAGUGAUCGCUGACCAGCGGAUCAUUAAUUUUACGUAAGUGAUUUUAGACUGACGGUGAUGUUGUAAUGAUUAAUUAAUAGUAUUAUAGACGCUUACUCGGAAUAAUUAAAUCAACGGUAUUUUUU